AUGAAGGUAGGUCAACUUAAGUAUAUUGAUAGUAUGCAAUUUAUGAAUUCUAGCUUGGCCUCUCUUAUAAAGAAUUUGGCAGAUCACAAAGGAAUCUUUUCUCAUGAGUACAUAGACUCUCAUGACUGA